CGGCGCGGGGGGGCGGCGGCGGGAGCCGCUCCCUCCUUGCCCAGCCCGGCCCGGCAGAGGCGGCAGGAGGAGGAGGAGGAGGAGGGCGGCGCAGAGCGCAGACAUGGCGGCCAACAUGUACCGAGUGGGAGAUUAUGUUUAUUUUGAAAAUUCUUCCAGCAAUCCAUAUCUCAUUAGGAGAAUUGAAGAACUUAACAAGACUGCCAAUGGGAACGUGGAAGCAAAAGUGGUGUGUUUUUACAGGCGAAGAGAUAUUUCUAACAGCCUUAUAAUGCUUGCAGAUAAGCAUGCUAAAGAAGUUGAAGAAGAGUCUGAAACUACAAUUGAGGUUGAUUUGACUGAUAAACAGAAACAUCAGUUGAAGCACAGAGAGCUUUUCCUUUCUCGCCAGUAUGAGUCCCUACCAGCAACGCAUAUCAGGGGAAAAUGCAGCGUUGCACUUCUGAAUGAGACAGAAUCUGUGCUGUCAUACCUGGAGAAAGAGGAUACUUUCUUUUAUUCCUUGGUGUAUGAUCCAUCACUGAAAACGCUUUUAGCAGACAAGGGAGAAAUCAGAGUGGGGCCUAGAUAUCAAGCAGAUGUGCCAGACAUGCUUGUGGAAGGAGAAUUAGAUGACAGAGAACAGGCAAAGCUGGAAGUAAAAGUAUGGGAUCCAGAUAGCCCCCUUACUGACCGUCAGAUUGACCAGUUUUUAGUUGUAGCACGUGCGGUUGGCACGUUCGCUCGAGCCCUGGACUGCAGUAGUUCUGUCAGGCAGCCCAGUUUACACAUGAGUGCAGCUGCUGCUUCCCGAGACAUCACACUGUUCCACGCAAUGGACACACUGCAUAAACACAACUAUGAUCUGAGCAGUGCCAUCAGCGUUCUGGUGCCCCUGGGAGGGCCUGUCUUGUGUAGGGAUGAAAUGGAAGAGUGGUCAGCAUCAGAAGCUAGUUUAUUUGAAGAGGCCUUGGAAAAGUACGGCAAGGAUUUCAAUGACAUUCGACAAGACUUCCUCCCAUGGAAGUCGCUGACUAGCAUCAUUGAGUAUUACUACAUGUGGAAAACCACUGACAGAUAUGUGCAGCAGAAACGUCUGAAAGCAGCUGAAGCAGAAAGUAAAUUGAAACAAGUGUACAUCCCCACCUACAAUAAGCCAAAUCCCAAUCAAAUAUCCAGCAACAAUGGGAAGCCUGCUGCAGUCAAUGGAGCAAUGGGAGCCUCUUACCAGGCACAAGCCACAGUAAUAGGUCGGGCUUGUGAAAGCUGCUAUACUCCGCAGUCUCACCAAUGGUAUUCUUGGGGCCCUCCUAAUAUGCAAUGUAGGUUGUGUGCAUCUUGCUGGAUUUAUUGGAAGAAAUAUGGUGGCCUGAAAAUGCCCACACAGACAGAUGAAGAUAAACUGUCCUCCAGCCAACCUACAGAGGAGCCGCACGUCCGGACCCACCUGUCCCGGCAGGCCACGCAGGGCACUCCGGUGCGGAACACGGGCAGCCCCAAGUCGGCGGUGAAGACGCGGCAGGCCUUCUUCCUGCACACCACGUGUUGGACAAAGCUGGCCCGGCAGGUCUGCAAAAACACCCUCCGGCUGCGGCAGGCGGCGCGACGCCCCUUUGUCCCUAUUAACUGUGCUGCCAUUAAGGCAGAAUGUAAGAUGUUUUUUUAAUUCUUAGUUCUGUGUGCUGUGCUUCCCACCCAUUUUUUGUCUUUUAAUUUUAUUUUCUUUUUCAAUAAACAUUUCUUGUCUAUA